UACUUUAUAUUCCAGCUUUCAAUACACCCUGAAAUCCAGGAAAGACUCCGAUCUGAAAUCAAAGAUAUAAAAGCAAGAAACAAAGGCGAAUUCACCGCUGAAGAUAUUGAGGGCGCAAAAUAUCUUGAAAUGGUGUAUAAUGAAUUGUUCCGGCUGUUCAACUUUUUCCUCUCUCGCGAAUGUACCAGUGACUGCCUCGUGCCUGUGCCUGGAUCUGAACCUUUCAAGAUCACCAAGGGUACAUCCGUCGUUAUACCAGUAGCCUGUAUCCAAAAGGACCCCAAAUACUACCCGGAUCCGGAAAAGUUUGACCCGGAGAGGUUUACUGAACAAGAGGUGGCUAAGAGACCGAAGUUUACAUAUAUGCCGUUUGGAGAUGGACCUAAAAAGUGCAUAGGUGCUCGCAUGGUUACACUACAUAUAAAGAUAGCGCUUAUCAAGAUCCUCGACAACUUCAGGUUGACACCAUCACCUAAAACGAAGUAUCCAUUUGAGAUAGACCCGCGAUUUACGCUUACCCUUCGUCCUAAAGGCGGUUCUUGGGUUAAUUUUGAACCAAUUAAUUAGCAAUCGUUUUUGAUGAUGUAAAACUGCAUGCUCGCUACUUGCGUUUGGCAAC